AUGUGUGCUAUAUUAAUUCCAGAUGAUCGUUCACCUUAUAAUAAAAAUGAAGAUAAGAAAAAAAUUGUUACAAUAUUAUACUUAAUGGCAGGAAUACGUAAUAAGCAUGUUAAUAAGUUUAAAUUAGAGCUUGCUUUGUAUCUUGCGGGAUCAGGAGUAACUUGCGAUGCAAUUAAUACGUUAACAGUUCAUCUAGCAACAUGUGUAUCCAAAAAGGUUGAAAUAUCAGAUCCCGUGCUUAUUAUAUUUAAUAAUAAGUCUGUUCACAAUCCUGAUAAUAUCGAUGCUUCUAUUAUUUGUGAAAAACUUAUUAACCGAUACCAGUAUUGCUUCGAUAUGUCAUAUUCACAACGGAUAGCCCAAUGGAAUAGUUCAUCAUUCCCUAAUUUUGAUAGAAUUGAUCAGCUUUCAAUUCAUUUUUAUGAUAAUGCUAUUGAAGAACGAAAGGAAGAGCACAAAAUGAAAGGGCAAUGUCAUCUUGAUAGUAAUGUAGCACCAAUCAUCGCGGAUUGGCCAGGUCAGCGUUAUAUUCGUCAAGCGCUUACUCAUUUUCAUAAUAAAAAUGAUACUUCAAUACCAAAAGAAAUAGUAUCAUUUGUUCCUUUACUUGGGCCUUUGCAUGUUGCUCUUAAUACAAAAGAACAGAACAUGCACAGUAGGAUAAGAGCUACAACAUCACCAAAAGAUACUGCUGAUAAUAUAAAGAAACAGGCUUAUCUUUUAGAUUUUCACAAAUAUUCUGCAUUCCGUGAAAUGUUUUCAACUACAAAGCGGUAUUCAUAUACACCACGGGAUCUGAAAUUUUUAACCACUAAAACUAGUAUCUUUCUUCUUUCACAAUUUCAAGAAAUUUAUAAAAAAAAUGAAAAAACCGUUUUAGUCAGCAAUAAAAUUCCAUUUUCACAAAAGCGACGAAAGAAAGAAGAAAUACCUACCACAUAUAAUCUUCCUACUCUAGGUGAAAUAGACAUAAAAAAAGAGACGGUAAUUGAUCACCUAAAUAGACAGGAAACUCUAGAAUUAGAUUUGCUUAAUAAAAUUAACGAAAUUGAUAGUUGGUAA